UUUCCAAUAAACAAAACAUUAAACACAGAAAUGCGCAUUUGUUCUUCUUCGCCAUCCCUCUCUGUGCCCUUUCUGUGGAAAAAGGAAAACUCAGCAAAAGUCUUUAAUUCUACUCCUCUGAUCCUUCAAUUUCGUAUCCUUAAACCCAUUUAAAAAAAAAAAUCGUUUGUUUCCUCACCGGUAAAAUCGUCUGAUCUUUCCAGAAUCUUGUUUUUUUUUGGCGGCAAGGUUCUGAUUUCCUUUUUUGGUCGGAGAAGUAAACAAAGACUAUAUUUUGACGAUUUGGGUUGUUUGUGCCUUGGAAGAGGGAAAUGAUAGAUAUCCCUGGAACACCAGGGACUUUGACUGGUCUUGUCUUGAGAAUUUGUCAGUGUGUUUUUGCUGCUGCCUCCAUUUCUUACAUGGUUACCUCCGGUGGAUUCUUCAGCUACACUUCUUUCUGCUACCUAAUUGCAGCAAUGGGUUUGCAAGUCAUAUGGAGUUUCGGCCUUGCGAUACUAGACACAUUUGCUUUAGCAAGAAAGAAAACGCUUGUUAGCCCGGUUUUGAUCAGCCUCUUUGUAGUUGGAGACUGGGUAACAGCAACAUUGUCUCUAGCAGGAGCCUCUUCCUCAGCGGGGAUAACGGUUUUAUACUUUGGGGAUUUAGGAAAAUGCAGUUUUGAAGCAGAGUGUUGGAGGUAUCAACUCUCUGUUGCUUUAGCUUUCCUUUCUUGGAUCACCAUCGCCAUUUCUUCACUUACCACUCUUUGGUUACUUGCUUCUGGAUAGUACCCCAACCAAGUUCAUCACUCUCUUGUACAAGUUCCAUAUAUAUACUGUUAGACAAACUCAUUUGAGAUUUUUGAUUCUUUAUUUUGUUAAUACAAACGGUUACAUCAUUUUUUUCUUAAC